AUGUCUUCUGAAUCAGAUGCUUAUACAAAAUUUGAUUCUCUUUCAAAUUCAAAACUUGUUGAAUUACGGAAAAGACAUCAACAUUUACAGGAAAUUCGUGAAAAUGAUGGAGGAACAAAAACAAAUAUAGAUGUUCGUUCAUUACAACAGGCAAUAGAUAGUGUUGAACAAACAAUGGAAGAAUUUUUACCCUCACUUUUAUCUCAAGCAAAAUUACUCUGGGAUAAAUCACAAUGGUCGUUAAUUGAAAAACUUUUUAGGCGUUCAGCCGAAUUUUGUAGUGGAAAUGAUAUUUGGAAAUUGAAUUUGGCACAUGUUUUGUUUAUGCAAGAAAAAUUUAAAGAAGCUAGGUAAUUAAUUUUGGGAGAGGGAGAAUGGCUAAAAUUGGGGGUAACUUUGAUUUCUGUAGGGGGAGGAGGG